AUGGAGUCCGAAAUCCAAGCUCAGAUUCCCAAUAUUGACCAAGUCCUCUCAGAAUACUCCGUGGGUUAUCUCAACCAUGCAUCAAAGCUUUAUUUUUCCGAUGAAGAUCCAUCUGCUCAGUCUCCCCUCGCCGAAGCUUUGGAGACAAUCACUGCCCUCCUGGUCUCUGCUUCAGGCAAUUUCUCGGAGCAGAACGAAGCUGCCAUUCGAAACUUGAUUGAAAAGUUUAUCGCCAGGUUGGGAGAUGCCAAUGGAGUUGAUCCAGAGCGGAGGCAGAUGCCAUUUGCUGCCAAAAAGCUUGAGCAGACCAUUCAAGUCAGCUCACAGCGGAAUAUCUCGUCCACCUUGGGUUUGACCAGUGGUGCCAUAGACCUAGAGGCUGCCAACGCUCGCAAGGUGGAAUCUAAGGUAGAUAAGAAGAAACUCGAAAAAGCUGAGCGCAAGAUUCGAGCGAAGCAAGACAAGAAGAUUAUGAAGAACGUGGAAUAUGAAGCAUCACGAUUGCUAGAUCAGCCUGACAGCACCCAGUCCUACGAAGAGUUCUUCAUGGCAGUCAACCCACUCCAGCUGGGAUCCGAUGCACAAUCAAAGAGCAAAGACAUCAAGGUUGAUGGGAUUGACGUGUCUAUUUCUGGCAAGCGUAUUCUCACCGAUACCUCUCUAACACUGGCAUACGGCCGACGGUACGGUCUGGUUGGUCAGAACGGUAUUGGCAAAUCUACAUUGCUUCGUGCCUUGAGUCGACGUGAAGUUGCCAUUCCUACUCAUAUCUCAAUUCUCCACGUUGAACAAGAGAUUUUGGGAGAUGACACACCAGCUCUCCAAGCUGUCCUUGACGCCGAUGUAUGGCGGAAACACCUUUUAGCUGAGCAAGACAAAAUCAGCAAGCAAUUAGCAGCCCUCGAGAGCGAGAGAUCGACAAUGGCUGAUACGUCGAAAGAUGCAGCUCGGCUGGACAAAGAAAAGGACGGCCUCGACACCACAUUGGGCGAUAUCCAAGCGAAACUCAGCGAGAUGGAAUCGGAUAAAGCAGAAUCCAGAGCUGCGAGUAUACUGGCUGGCUUGGGCUUUUCUCCAGAGCGUCAACAAUAUGCCACUAAGACUUUCUCUGGUGGUUGGCGCAUGAGAUUAGCACUAGCCAGAGCACUAUUCUGCGAGCCUGAUCUACUCCUGUUGGAUGAACCUUCCAACAUGUUGGACGUGCCGUCAAUUACCUUCUUGUCGAAUUACCUCCAAACUUACCCCAGCACGGUUCUGGUCGUUUCCCACGACCGAGCAUUCUUGAAUGAGGUUGCUACCGAUAUCAUUCACCAACACUCUGAACGAUUGGACUAUUACAAAGGAGCCAAUUUCGACUCCUUCUAUGCGACAAAGGAAGAGCGCCGAAAGAAUGCCAAGCGUGAAUAUGAAAAUCAGAUGGCACAAAGAGCUCAUUUGCAAGCGUUCAUUGACAAGUUCCGCUACAAUGCAGCGAAAAGCUCAGAAGCACAGUCACGGAUCAAGAAGCUGGAACGUAUGCCAGUACUUGAGCCUCCAGAGGCCGAGUAUUCAGUACACUUCAAAUUUCCAGACGUGGAAAAGCUGUCACCCCCCAUUAUUCAGAUGACCGACGUUGCUUUUGGAUACACCAAGGAGAAACCUCUUCUGCAUGGAGUUGAUCUGGAUGUUCAACUCGAUUCCCGGAUUGGCAUCGUUGGGCCCAACGGUGCAGGUAAGACAACGGUACUGAAACUCCUGACCGGACAGCUACAACCCACCACUGGACUUAUCUCGCAGAAUCCACGUCUCCGCGUUGGUUAUUUUGCUCAACACCAUGUGGACGCUCUGGACAUGAACACUUCCGCCGUGGGCUUCAUGCAAAAGACCUACCCUGGUAAAACCGACGAAGAAUACCGUCGUCAUCUCGGUGCGUUUGGUAUAACUGGGAUGACAGGGCUGCAGAAGCUAGAGCUUCUGUCUGGUGGUCAAAAAUCGAGGGUCGCAUUUGCGUGCUUAUCCCUGACAAAUCCACAUAUUCUUGUGCUUGACGAACCGUCCAAUCAUUUGGAUAUUGAAGCUAUGGAUGCUCUCUCGACUGCUUUGCAGCAAUUCCAGGGAGGUGUUCUGAUGGUCAGUCACGACGUCACGAUGUUGCAGAAUGUAUGCACCAGCUUGUGGGUGUGCGACAAAGGCACGGUUGAAAAAUUCCCUGGUGAUGUAAAUGCUUACAAGAAGAAGAUAUUAGCGCAGGCAAACGAAGCUGGGGUCGUUCAAGCUCAUUGA